UUCUUAUCUAAAGCCGCUGGGCGGCUUGUAUUGCGGGUCUACUCUGGCACCAUGAAUUCGAUUCCAUCGUCUGGUUUUCUUUCAUCAAUACUCAAUAAUAUGGAUACACUAACCGCACCUUGUUUCUCACCAUUUCAAACUACACAUGAAGACGAUAGGAAACAGGAUUCACCACUACUCAAUCUGCCUAGUAAUGUUUUAGACAAUAUAGUUUCGUUCAUACCACUUAAAGUUCGUACCCUCCUCGUCGCUCCUGUAUGUCGUGCCCUUCGAGAUAGUGUAUACCGUUCCAUAACCUCGGUUGCUUUCUACAAGACACAGCUAGAUGAGCUUAGCGAUACCAGGAUCAAGUACUUUUUGAGCAUACAUGGUCAUAAGAUAACUGCCAUCAAUUUCGAUCUAUUCCGAUCAGUUGAAGACGAGGUCUAUUUUGUAAAUGAAUUUCAGGCAUGUACUCAAUGGAAUUGGCGGCAGUCUGUGAUAACUGCUGUUAAAAUGUGCAGCAACCUCAGGGAGCUUGAUAUACUCGUCUGUAAACGCCAUCGUCUCAGAGAUACCGAUUUGCUUACAAUAUUUCGAGAAUGUCCUCAGCUCCAAGUGCUUUGCAUUGACGCCCAGUACCUAAGCGGACAUUGCUUCCAGGUCGCUCCACUCGGCUUACAACGUCUGGAACUAGAAAUGUGCUUGCGACUAUCUGAGCCAUCAAUGAGAUCGAUAUUCACUCGCCUUAAAAAACUGAAGGUCCUAUACAUAUCUGAACUGAGAAUUCUCAAAGAUUCGAUAGUUUCGGGACUAGCGAGCAAUUUGAAAAAUCUCCGAGAUCUUUCAAUCAUUGCAAAUCCUGAAUCUCUCAGCAUCUGGCUUGACGCAUUUGGCUCGCCUGCCAAGGCUGCAAAAUCUUUGCCUUGA